AUGUCCCAUUCAUUUUCGCAGGUCGACGUGUUUGCCUCAGAAAGUCUCACAGGAAAUCCUGUGGCUGUCGUCCACGACGCCGAUGAUCUGAGCGAUGAACAGAUGCAAUCGCUUGCUCGAUGGACCAAUCUGUCCGAAACCGCAUUCCUCUUGCAAGCGACACAUCCUGAUGCUCAUUACCGUGUUCGAAUUUUUACGCCUGGAUGCGAGCUGCCAUUUGCCGGGCAUCCGACGCUCGGCAGUGCGUACGCUUGGCUUUCGGCUCGGAAGCAUGACCAAGAUGGGGCUGCACGGCAGAAUGGUGUAGUUGUGCAAGAGUGCGGUAUUGGCUUGGUCCACAUUCGCUACGACCAUGAUACGCUAAUGCUCAAGGCGCCUGAACUCCACCGGCAUGAGCCUAUUGACAGUGCGACGCUUGAUCAAGCACUAAGCGCCAUGAAUCUGAGCAAGAACGAGAUCGUCGAGGCUUGGUGGAUUGUGAAUGGCCCGCGAUGGAUGGGAUUUCUAUUACGAGAUGCUCAGGCAGUACUCGCUGUCGACCCAGAUAUCAGGCAAAUCCACAAAUUGGGCUUCCAUCUCGGGCUGAUCGGUGCACACGCCUCAGGAAUGCCGGCCCACUUUGAAGUGCGCGCGUUCGCGGAGGGCUUUGAGGAUCCUGCGACGGGCAGUUUGAAUGCUGCGCUGGCGAUGUGGCUAAUCCGUUCGAACCAAGCACCCAAGGCAUAUACGGUGCGGCAGGGCACGGCCAUCGGUCGACGAGGUGAUGUGCGUGUGAUGACGGAUGAGCAAGGGGACAUAUGGGUUCAAGGGCGAUGUGUGCGUGUGAUCCGUGGCGAGCUGUGCAUCUAG